AUGACCAUUGCUAGCUAUUUUCUCGCCGGAGUUCUCAUGAGCAUUUCUCGUUUAGCAUGGCUCAUUUGUGACUUAUUUUGGGUUCCAAUCGACCAAAUGGAAAUUCUGAUGUAUUCAAGAUUAGUGUUCCAAACAUCGAUUGCCGCCCAUCUCUUUGUAUUGUCUGCGGAACGGGCGAUUGCCACUUGUCGCUCGAAACAAUAUGAGCAGAACUCUUGCUAUCCUGUCAUUAUUUUAUGCUGCAUUUUGACAUAUCCUUAUUCACUACUGCAACUGUAUUCCAAGUACAACUUCGAAAAAGGUCGUGAGAUAAAUGUCGUUUUGUAUCUAGGAGCUGCUGUGGUUUCGUUCUUGAUAUUGAUGAUUGUGUAUCGAGUGAAUAAGAAAAAAGUGAAGGAACGGAGAUUUAAAGGUCCGAUCAGUGAAGCUUAUCAGGUUCGAGAAAACAUCCGAACAUCUCGUCUGCUGCUCAAAAUCUUUAUAAUCUUCUCAUUCUUCGUUGGACUAUCCACAUAUUUCCUCCUUCGAUUCUCGGCUUCCCUUACUGACCCAAAACAAAAAUGGGUCACUAUCACAAACGGUUUUCUUUACGACAUGCUCAUCUCAACGGGUACCACAACCACGACAAUUGUAUUUCUCCACUUUUUGAUCCCAGACGAAACACAAAAGAAGUGGUCGCAUAUACUACAUCUAUCCUGUUAUAAUCAUAACGUCACUCCAGAAAGCAAACGACUAAGGUUCAAGAGUAUCCAUGGGGUCGACGUGGAUGUUGGUAAUGGAACGAAGCACUUCCUCACACUCACUCACUUCAAAAAAAUCAUGUCUGAUGCUAUCUUCACCCGCUCCGAAGUCUCCAUGCACUGUGGCGAGGACGACUGUUGGAUUAUUGUUGGAAACUAUGUGUACGACGUCACCAAGUUCGUCGAUAUGCACCCAGGAGGCCCAGAAAUUCUUCUCGAAUUUGCCGGAGGUGAUGCCACCGAUGCAUUCGAGUCCGUUGGACACUCAAUGUGUGCCCGUAUGAUGCUCACAAAGUUCAAGAUUGGAUCUCUCCCAGAAGAGGAGCGUCCAGACUUCGUUCAAGCUGAAUACAUCACCCACGCCAAGAUCUCUCUUCCAAUGGCUCAUUAA